AAACGGGCUUUAUAAGGGUGAAAAGAUAAACUGGGCUGAUAACAAAGUAAAGCCCACAAGCACUAGAUUACGCCCUUUUCAUCAUAUUUAUUCGUAGCCACUGAAAAAAGGUAAAGAGUAUCGCCGCUGCACUGUCUGAAAGGGUUAGUUUCCUAGGAAGAAGGAGAAAAUGCCAGGCCCCGUUGUUGAAGAAGUGAAGAUUGAGGAAGCCAUCAAAGAGCAAAUGAAGCUCGAGAAGGAAGACGAUGUUGUCGUUGAGGAUGUCAAAGACGAAGACGAUGAUGUCGAUGACGAUGAGGACGAUGACAACGUCGAUGGUCAAGGAGCUGAGAGCGGUAAACAAAGUAGGAGCGAGAAGAAAAGCCGCAAAGCUAUGCUGAAACUUGGAAUGAAACCUGUCACUGAUGUUAGCAGAGUGACUAUCAAGAGAUCAAAGAAUGUUUUGUUUGUCAUCUCGAAGCCCGAUGUGUUCAAGAGUCCCAACUCCGAGACCUAUGUGAUAUUCGGCGAGGCUAAGAUUGAUGAUAUGAGCUCUCAGCUACAAGCUCAAGCUGCUCAGAGGUUCAAGAUGCCAGAUGUUGCUUCAAUGAUCCCCCCUAACGCUGAAGCAGCCGCGGUUGCGCAAGAGGAGGAUGAUGAUGAUGAUGAUGUGGAUGAGACCGGUGUUGAAGCCAAGGAUGUUGAGCUCGUGAUGACUCAGGCUGGUGUUUCCAAGGCCAAAGCCACUAAGGCUCUUAAAGCCAACGAUGGAGAUAUUGUUUCCGCCAUCAUGGAACUCACUACAUAGGUUGAGUUCUCGCACUUUCGUCCUCUUUUCAUUAUUAAACGUUUCAUUUCUCGAACAUUGUUUGUGUUCCGCCACUUUAAAAAGGGUAUUUUUCUCCUCUA